CUGCUCGGAUGAGUCAGCCCGGCGCUGGCUUAGCGCUGAGCGAGGCUCUGCCAAGCCCGGCUUACCUAACGCCGCAGGAAUGCCUGGCUCAGCGGGGCUCCUGGGCUCUGCUCCGACACCCGGGCGUGCUGCGAGCCGCGUUUGUGGCCUCGGGCAGCGCUCCGUUUGGGAAAGCUGGGAAAAGGCUGCACAAUCCCAGACCUUUGCCCUGCAAGAGGCUCCUCAAAGUGAGACCCGCAAAUCAACCCCAAAGCGCCCAAAAAGAGCAGGGUCUGCUCAUCCUAUUUACGUCAUCCCUGCUGGGCCCAGCAAGAAGGGCAGUGUGAGGACAUCAACUCCUGCUCCUCUGGGAUUUUCACUGGCGUUUCACCCUGGUCCCUCUGUUGGGUGUGUAGGCGGCCCCGGUGUCUCCCCUGGUUGGGUGUGAAUCGAUGAACCCACCAAACUGCUCCUGUCCUGCUGCCCUCGCUGGGAACAGACAGCCUGGGUGCCACCCCUGCCACUGAGCCGGGCCUCUGCAGCUGCUGAGGGCGAGGGGGUGGCUCAUGGGCUUGGCCCAGGUGCCCUCCUGUUGGUGAGAGCAGUAACAUCCGUGUGAUCUGUGUCUGCAGGUGAUAACACGAGUUGCCCCAUGUUGAGACUCCCACUCCACUGCUGAUGGCGGUGAAAGUUCCAUGGGAAGGUGAUUUCCACACCCGAUUCUGUGCUGUGCUUCCUUCAGCAGAGCUCCAGUUUGGACUGGCAGGUUCUCUGGUGGGAAAGGCGGCCGGGAGUGCUCACCUGGGCAAAACCUUCCACGCGCAAUUGUCCUACAAACGAAGUGACCAGCAGCACUGAUGGUCUCCCAGUGCCCUGCCGCAUUCCCAGCACGGUUCCCGAGCACUCUGUGCAUGUGAAUUAUUUAAGCCUCACUGUGGUCCUUGGAGCACAGGAAGGCGUUGAGCUGAAACUGCCUCUGACAAUGGAAAACAGGGAUGGGAGAAGAAAGGGGGAGGCUCCAGCUCCGACCAUUCAUUCCCCCUCCGUUUCACACCCUCUCAUCCUUCCAGCUCUGCCUGUUUGCCUGUCACAACAGCCAGAGGGAACUGCUGGAAGCGCCGCAGACGCGGUUUGAUCGCAAUCACAACCCAACAGCAGGCAGGACCUGUUGUGCGUCUCCGAGACAAUGCGCGGGCUCGGCGAGUGCCACGCAUGUCGAUGAGGCUGGGGAGCUCCCGGCGGGGCCGAGCAGAGCCGGGAGCCGGCGCCGAGCUCCCCCCCGAGAGAAAGGAGAAGCUGGGGGCAGGCCGGGAGCAGGGGCAGGCUGGCCGGGGCCGCUCGCCCAGGCUCGCACACGGGCGCGCUGCUCACCCGCGCACGCCCAGCUCCCGGUGCGGCUCCUCGCCGCUCUUUGAUUCGCGAGGGAGGAAAUAAGAGCUCGUAGGAGCGGCACAACAGCAGCUGUUGGCUGGCAAGAUGUGCUGACAAAAUUGGACGGGGGGAAAGAGAGAGAAGGAGAGAGAUCUCCGAUCGGUUUCGCCGCCUGGGCUGGACCUGCUCCUGGCGGAGGAGCGGCGGAGGAGAGGGAGGAGGAUGAGCAGCCCCUCCAUCCCCGGGAAGAUGGAGGCUAAACCUUUGUUCAACGUGCAGAAGGCUCUGGUGCAGCCCGUGCAGAUGUGCAUGUUGGAUAUCCCCCUGAGCGUGCAGGAUGACGAUAGCUCCACACAGGAGAUUGGAGAAGAGCUGGAGGAUGGCGUGAUCUACAGCAUAUCCCUCCGGAAAGUGCAGCUCCACCACACGGCCAACAAAGGGCAGCGUUGGCUGGGGUUUGAGAAUGAGUCAGCCUUAAACCUCUACGAGACGUGCAAGGUGCGGACGAUAAAAGCCGGGACCUUGGAGAAGCUGGUGGAGUACCUGGUCUCAGCCUUCAAGGGCAAUGACUCCACCUAUGUCACCAUCUUCCUGUGCACCUACCGGGCCUUCGCCACCACCAAGCAAGUGCUGGACCUGCUGCUGAACAGGUAUGGCAAACUCCACGUGCAGGCGAAUGGGGACCACGCCAGGCACGCUGUGGACGAGAGGAUGGAGCUGAAGAACACCAUCUCCUCCAUCCUGGGGGCCUGGCUGGACCAGUACUCGGAGGAUUUCCGCAAGCCCCCCGACUUUGCCUGCCUCAAGCAGCUCAUCUCCUACGUGCGCCACAACAUCCCCGGCUCCGACCUGGAGCGCCGAGCCCGCAUCCUGCUGGCCCAGUUCCAGCAGCAGGAGCAGAGCGAGGCCGAGGCAGAAGCCGUGGACCACAGCAGCUGCACCUUCCAGCUGGUGGAAGAGAACGGGGUCAGCGAUGGGAAGCCAGAUUUCCUCUCCUUCUCCCCAGAGAUGGUGGCAGAACAGUUCACACUGAUGGAUGCUGAGCUGUUCAAGAAAGUGGUGCCUUACCACUGCCUGGGCUGUAUCUGGUCCCAGAGGGACAAGAAGGGCAAAGAGCACCUGGCCCCCACCAUCCGUGCCACAGUCUCCCAGUUCAACAGUGUGGCCAACUGUGUCAUUGCCACUUGUCUCGGGGACAGGUCCCUGAAGCCACAGCAGAGGGCCAAGGUGGUGGAGCGGUGGAUCGAAGUGGCUCGGGAGUGCCGCAUCCUGAAGAACUUCUCCUCCCUCCGAGCCAUCCUCUCGGCCCUGCAGUGCAACGCCGUGCACCGGCUGAAGAAGACCUGGGACGAGGUCCUGAGGGAGAGCUUCCGCACAUUCCACGAGCUCUCAGAGAUCUUCUCGGACGAGAACAACCACUCGCUGAGCCGGGAGCUUCUCAUCAAGGAGGGCACAUCCAAAUUUGCCACCUUGGAGAUCAACCCGAAGAGGGCUCAGAAGCGGCAGCAGCAGCAGCGGGAGAUGGGCGUGAUGCAAGGCACCAUUCCCUACCUUGGCACCUUCCUCACGGACCUGGUGAUGCUGGACACGGCCAUGAAGGAUUUCCUGGAUGGUGGGCUGAUCAACUUUGAGAAGAGAAGGAAGGAGUUUGAAGUGAUCGCUCAGAUCAAGCUGCUCCAGUCAGCCUGCAACAACUACAGCUUCACACAGGAGGACCAGUUCGUGGAGUGGUUCCACAGCCUGGAGCGGCUCAGCGAGGCCGAGAGCUAUGGGCUGUCGUGUGAGAUUGAGCCACUGUCAGAGUCAGCCAGCAACACGUUGAAGGCCAAGAAAAACACGGGCAUCAUCAAGAGAUGGAGCGACCGGCAGCCACCAAGCACGGAGCCCUGUGCCAGCGGCAGCUCCCACUCGAAAUCCUUCGACCAGCUCAAGUGUGGGCAGUACCUGUGCAGUGGGGACGCCACUGACUCAGUGAGUGUCACCUCUGCCGGCUCCAGCAGCUCUGACGUGGAGGAGAUCAACAUCAGCUUCAUCCCCGAGUCCCCCGACUGCCAGGAGAAGAAGGUCAGUGAGAUCCCUCUGGCCUCCCUCCCCCAGCGCUGGUACGCCCCGUCUGUGGCCGAUGGAGAAGCUAAACCCACUGUGUCCUCCGCAUCCCCUCUCCUCCCUGCCCUCCAGUUCUGGGAAUCCACCUCCCUCUCUUCCCUGGACACGUCAGGCAUCGGCUCAGGCUCCAGCAGUGCCUCCUCCUCCUCCGUCUCCUCCACGCCGGUGACGGCCUCCCGCACACACAAGCGCUCGGUCUCCGGCAUCUCCAGCUACUCCUCACUCUCGCUGCCCCUCUACAACCAGCAGGUCGAUGACUGUUGCAUCAUCCGAGUCAGCCUGGCUGUGGACAACGGCAACAUGUACAAGAGCAUCCUGGUGACGAGCCAGGACAAGACCCCUGUGGUCAUUCGCAAGGCCAUGGCCAAACACAACCUGGAUGGGGACCGGCCUGAAGACUAUGAGCUGGUCCAGAUCAUCUCGGAGGAGAGAGAGCUGAAGAUCCCCGACAACGCCAACGUCUUCUACGCCAUGAACUCCGCUGCCAACUAUGACUUUGUGCUCAAGAAGCGGGGCUUCUCCAAGGGGGUGAAGAUCAAGCACGGCUCCAGCUCCACCCUGCCCAGGAUGAAGCAGAAAGGCCUGAAGAUCGCCAAGGGCAUCUUCUAGCCUCAGCCCCACUGCCACCCAUCACCGACGGGGCCUUGGGGGCAGCUGCUCCGGGCUUGGCUGUGGCCUCUCCUUGUGCCACCCUGCAGGGCAGAGGAGUGACCCUCACCCACGGGUGACGGCCGUGCACCUCCCUUCCGCACCCAGAGCCGAGAGUUGGGCACCUGGUGUCGGCCUCUGCCUCUCUCUGCACAAGCCCCCGUUCCAAUCAGGUCUUUUUUUCUACACAAGAAGGCAGCAGUGGGGGGGGAUUUGUCUAUUUUUUGUUUUGUUUUGUUUUUUUUAACCUUCCACGGUGCGACACUCGGCCAGCCCGGCCAGCCCAGAGCUGGAGCCCGCCUCUGCCGUAGGUGCCUUGUGUCUGAGCGAGCCGAGGAGCAGCGACUUGCAGAGGGGCUGUGUGACAGAGCAGAGCAGGAGCCACCAUCACCCUGGAAGGAGCUGCCAAGCCUCCUUCCCAGCUUUCCCAGCGUUACCUCCACGUCUGUCCUCCUUGGGAUCACUGGCGUUGCCACCACCACGCUGCUCUGCCUGUCCAUCCCUUGGGAGAAGCCACGGAUGCCCUGGGCUGGGAGGUGAGCUGGAAGGAUGCAGCCCUGCACCAGUGCUGAGCCCCGUGGAGGAGCCUGUGGCUGUGCCACGAUGGAGUGGGUGCCUCGUGCUCUCCUCAGCUGGAAGCCUGCAUGGUCUCGCUCGUCUCCCGAUCCAGCCCAUCCUCCAGCUGGACUGGGCCAGUUCAAACUUGCACCAAAGAUCAAAUGCCAGUGUCUCUUCUGCCGAGGGGGAGCUUCGGGCCGUGCCCCCAGCGCUGCCAGCCUGAGGAGGAGGAGAGCAAAGUUCUGUGUGAAACUGUGUAAAUAGAGACUUUGGGUCUGUGUGGGCACGGGAGGGGCCAGAGAGCUCAGAGUGCUCCAGGUGCCCCAGCUGCCACUGCCUGACCCACAGAAAGUGCCACUCACCUUGGGCUUUAACCGGACUUUUUCAAACACUGACCACGGGAGAAGAAGCAAUGAGACUUUUUUUUUUUUUUUUUUGUAUAAAACAAAAAAGUUUACUGAUUUUUUUUUCCAGUAUUUAUUGGUUGUAAAUAGAAGAGGCAAACUUGUACAUUUUACUAAUCCAGCCUCCCCCUGCCCUGCAGCCCAGUCCCUGUCCUGUGCCCCCUCUGGUAUUUAAGGCUGCUGGGAGGGAUGCUGGCAGCAGCAGCAGCAUUGCUGUGCUGUGCUCACGGGGUGCAGACCCUGCCAGCCUCCCCUCCCAAAUUCUCUACCACUAAUUGCUCAAGCAGGGGCAGAGAUGCUUGUUUUAAUCAUUGUAGGAAACACUAACCAAAGGGGGACCUUCUGUUGCUCCUGGCUCCAGCUCUGUUUUUUAAGUGCGCCAUUCCAGCAGAUCUUUUCCGUUCCCAAUCCGCCAGCGUUCCCAGGUGGUUGUGGUGCCUUCCCCUGCUCCGGGACAGGGACCACCCUCCAGGGGCUGGGGCUGGUGAGGAAGAGGCUGCUUGGGUGUGAGUGUGGCUGGCACAGAGCUCCUCCAGCCCCAUGGCCCCUCGGGCAGUGCUGCCCAUGAUGCACAUGAUGGGAGCUGCUGGCUCCCUGACGCAGGGGCAGCCUCCUGCCUCCCCCCUGCCCAAAGCCCCUCUUCCCUGGGCACCAGCACCCCUGGGAAGGGUGUUCCCUCUGCUCCGUGCCUGCCCACCCUGGGACUGUCCCCUCCCCUCCCGCCGGUGCCACCGGGGGGACGGGCUGUACCGUAUGUAUUUUGUACCACUUCAAUGAAGGAGCACACUGCCCGGUGUGACUUGUACACAGCAAUGUAAUUAGUCUUUGCAAUAAAAUACUGAUGCUCAAACGUC